UCUCAUUUUCCAUAUUAGUUUAAUUCUCUAAUUUUAAUUUUAGAUCGGAUAUAAUUCAUCAUAAUUGACAUGAAUAACAGUGUGAAAGAAAAUAUUUACAAUGCAUUGAUGGAACUCACUGAGAACCAAUUUAAACUUUUUAAAUGGUGGCUAAAUUAUAUUGGAUAUAAUGGAAAGAAAAACAUUCCUAAAAUUUCACUGGAGGAAGCUGAUCAUCAAGACGUUGUAGACCUCUUGUUUCAAUAUUAUGGAGAAGAUGCUCUAGAGGUGUGCAUUGAUGUCCUUAAAAAAUGCAACAGAAAUGAUCUUGCAAAAACACUUGAAGAAGCUGAACAGAAAGUUGCAGAUGUUGAUGCUCACCAACAUUCAUCAGAAUACAGAAGCUACAUUAAAGAUAAUUUUGCAAUGAUCAAGGAUCCUAAUGCUGUUCCUGGUGAAUAUGUGUUCCUCAACCAGAGAUACUCAAAGCUAAUCAUCCUAGAUUAUCACCCAUCUAAAAAGGAGAGAGCAGAUGAAAUUCUGGCAAUGGGAAGGAAACAUGCUGAAAUCAUCAGUAAACGAGCUAAGUCUUCAACCAGCAUUGAAGCAUUAUUUAACCCUGAUAAAAAUGGAUUCAUUCCACAAGUUGUUGUGUUACAGGGAGCUGCAGGAUUUGGAAAAACCAUAACGGCCCAAAAAAUUAUAUUUGAUUGGGCUUCUCAACAACUUUACCAGGACAAAUUUAAUUAUGUUUUCUAUAUUUGCUGUAGAAAGAUGAAUGUCCAUGCAGAGUCAGAGGAGAGUAGCAUUGCAGAGAUAAUUUCAGAAGAAUGGCUCAAGUGUCAUGAAUCCAAAAAUGUUAUUCGAAACAUACUGAAGAAUGAAGAGAAGCUUCUGUUCAUAAUUGAUGGGUUUGAUGAAUUAAGGUAUUCCCUUGAUCAGCCUGAAAACUACCUUUGCACUGAUCCCUGGAAAAAGGAGCCAGUGAGAAUUCUUUUGAUCAGUUUGUUUAAAAAAAAGCUUCUUCGUAAAUCUUCUCUUAUAAUCACAACAAGACCAGCUGCUUUGGAGAAACUCCAUCAAUAUUUAAAGUGCCCAUGUAAUGUUAAAAUAUUUGGGUUUUCCGCAAAGGAGAGACAAGAAUAUUUCUAUAAUUUUUUUGAAAAUGGAGACCAAGCAACUCAAGCUCUCAAAUUUGUGAAACAAAAUGAUACUCUCUUCACCAUGUGUGUCAUUCCCCUUGUGAGUUGGAUCAUCUGCACAGUGAUGAAGCAGGAGAUGGAGAGAGGCAAGGAUUUUCAGAAGACACCAUACACUCUUACUGCAAUCUAUAUGCUGUAUUUCUCCAGUUUGUUAAAGUUUCACCAUAAAGAAGUCAAACAGGAUGUCCAAUCCAAUGUGAAAGGUUUAUGCUUUUUGGCUGCAGAAGGAGUCAGGAAACAGAAAAUAUUUUUUAAGGAGGAAGAAGUCACUCUAAAUCAGAGAGACUUCCUUUCCCUUUUUCUGAAUGAAAGCAUCUUCAAAAGGGGCAUUGGUUGUAUUAAAUCCUACAGUUUCGUUCACUUAAGCUUCCAGGAGUUUUUUGCUGCUUUGUUUUUGGUUCUGUCCACUUCUACUUUUCUGAAGUACAUUGUUAACUAUAAGAACAAUAAAAAAGUUCCUUCAUAUUUCACAGUUGUAAGUAAGGUGAUCAAAUGGGAGCUUCACUUAAUGGCUAUCACAACUUUUGGCUGUAAUGGAUAG